UAAAACUAGCACAGCUCACAGAUAGUUCACUUUUGCACUGUUGGUCUGUGUAGAAGAAGAACGCAGCUGUGAGAAGGGGCUGACCCUGUUCUGCUGUCAGUGGUAUAAAGCACUUCCACAUUGUUGCAUUUCAGAGAAACCUCGAGACUCUAGAAUGAUUUUCUUUGUGAUUCUUGUGUUGCUGUCCUGCACUGAGGCUGAAGGUCUCCAACAUGUAUUUGUGCUGCAUGGAAAGGACUUACACCUGGAUACAGAGAAACUUGUUAAACUUGACAAAAAGACAGAUUUGUUCUGGAAAAGUAAUUCCAGUAACAAUAUAGCUAAAUGUGUUCUUAAUAGAGAUCCAGUAGUGUUUAUAGAAUAUGCAGGAAGGGCUGAGUUGUUUGGACCAAAUUGCUCUUUGAAAUUAAAGAAAGUACAACACAGUGACAGUGGAGAUUAUAAAGCAGUUGUGGUUGGGGGACGAGACCAGACUGUGGCUGGAUACAAGGUCAUAGUUCAAGAUCCAGUGACUCCUGCCAAGCUGACAGUGGAGUCUGUGUCCAAGAGCUCAGACUCCUGUAACCUGACUGUGACCUGCAGCACAGUGGACUUUAACAUCAGCAGUAGUUUUAGAUGUGAUGGUAAAAUCUGCUCUCAUGCAGGAGAAAAGGAAUUGAAGGCCACAACAAAAUUUUCCUCUUUAAGUGUUUACCUGCAGCAAGACACCAUUUUCUGUAAUCACAGCAACCAAGUGAGCUGGAAUCAAACCAUGAAGGUGCUCAAAUCUUACUGUGAAACAGAGACAGGUAUCUCCAUCUGUGUGGUGAAGACAGUCGUGUUCUCUGUUGGUCUGAUCAUCAUGGUGAUUGCUGUCAUCAGUGUCCACAUUAUGGAGAAGAUUAAGAAGCGAAAAUAAAGAAGAGGCUUUCCACUUACACAUAUAGCUAAUACACUUUUAGAAAAUGUUGAAGUUAUAGAUA